CAUAUUGCAUAUUGCAUAUCGCAUAUUGCAUAUUGCAUAUCGCAUAUUGCAUAUUGCAUAUCGCAUAUUGCAUAUUGCAUAUUGCAUAUCGCAUAUUGCAUAUCGCAUAUCGCAUAUUGCGUAUCGCAUAUCGCAUAUCGCAUAUUGCAUAUCGCAUAUCGCAUAUUGCAUAUCGCAUAUCGCAUAUUGCAUAUUGCAUAUUGCAUAUUGCAUAUUGCAUAUUGCAUAUUGCAUAUUGCAUAUCGCAUAUCGCAUAUCGCAUAUUGCAUAUCGCACCCAUAUCGCUGCAUAUGGCAUAUCGCAUAU